AUGAUUACUUAUUUUUACAUUUAUAGAAAUAUUAAUUAUUUUAUACGAAAUUUUACAUUUAUUAUAAUACAAAUUUAACUACUUCCUUUCAGCAAUUUUCAUAUAAGUUCUUAAUCGGUGUGCAGUUAUCACUUCAAUCCGUUUCACUUACGUUUAAACAUAAAGACUCUAUAGCAUCAGUUAGUUACCCUACAAUUUCAGACGUUCUCUCUUAAUAAUCGAUUAUCGAAGUACUGAAAAAGAUGCAUACACGCAACUUGAGCUUGCGCUCAACGACCUUGCGCUCAAUCUUACUGAGCUAUUGGAAACAGUUGUAUUCAAACUAUCAACGAACAUGCAUCUCAUGCCAAAUGAAAGUGAUUGUAGAGCGCGAAAUCUAAAAUGCAAAGAAGACAUCGCUUAUGUAACCAAACAUAGUAAAUGGAUUUUGAAAUCCAUCGGCAUUUGGCCAUCGGUUGUUAAAGACGUCUCAAGAUUUCUACCAAAAAUCGUGUUUGGAUUAUGUAACUUUGUUCUAUUUUUCGCUAUUAUACCAUGCAUCUUGUACAUCGUAAUCGAAGAAAAUGAUACCAUGAUAAGAUUUAAAUUAUUCGGUUUACUGAGUUUCUCUUUAGUUGCGUUGAUAAAAUACUGGACACUUUUGUACCGCAAAUCAAGAAUCAAGAACUGCGUCGAACAAAUAUGGAUUGAUUGGGAACAGGUAGAAUUAUAUGAGGAUCGCGAAAUGAUGCUCAAAUAUGGACAAAUGGGUAGAAAUUUAAUAAUAAUUUGUGCUAUGUUCACAUACACGGGUGGCACUAUCUUUCAUACGAUCUUACAAUAUAAGAUCGGUACGUUUAUCGAUGAAUAUAAUCGCACGAUCAAACCAGUGAUCUAUCCCACGUACAACGGUCUAUUUAAUGUACAAAGAAGCCCCAUUUAUGAAUUUGUGUACAUUCUUCAUUGCAUGUGUGGAUACGUUAUGCAUUCUGUAACUGCUGGUGUUUGUGGAUUAAUUGCACUUUUCGUAACACAUGCUUGUGGACAAAUUGAUAUCGUUAUAGCUCGAUUAAAUGAUCUUAUACAUGACAAAUGUACGAAAGAAAAAAUUAAUUUGAACACACGAUUUAUAAAUAUUAUUGAACAUCAUUUGCGAAUAUUAAGAUUUUCAGCAACAAUACAGAUGAUUUUGCAAGAAUUAUGCUUUCUAGAAUGUAUUGGAUCCACCUUUUUGAUAUGUCUGCUCGAAUAUUAUUGUAUAACGGAUUGGGAAUUAAAUAAUACCAUCAGUCUUACAACAUAUAUAAUAUUAUUAAUAUCUCUAAUAUUUAAUAUAUUUAUAUUAUGCUAUAUUGGUGAACUUCUAAUGGAAAAGAGUAGCAAUAUUGGAUUAUCCUGUUUUAUGAUUGAUUGGUAUUAUUUACCAUCCAAAACAAUUCGGGGACUCAUCUUAAUGAUCGCCAUUUCGAGUAAUCCAACUAAAAUAAGUGCCGGUGGAAUAGUUGAUUUAUCUUUGUCAACUUUUGCAAAUACGUCCAGUUCUCUCUUAAUAAUCGAUUAUCGAAGUACUGAAAAAGAUGCACACACGCAACAUCGUUAUAAGGAAGAUAUCGCUUAUGUAACCAAACACAACAAGUGGAUUUUGAAAUCUAUCGGUAUUUGGCCAAUAUUUCUAAAGAAUGUCGCAAAAUUUCUACCGAAAAUCAUAAUUGGAAUUAGUAAUUUUGUCCUACUUUUCGCCAUUAUACCAUGCAUCUUGUAUAUCAUGUUCGAAGAGAAGAAUAACGUGAUAAAAUUAAAAUUAUGCGGUUUAUUGAUAUUCUGCUCGAUUGCGUUGAUGAAGCACUGGGCGCUCGCCUAUCGCAAACCAAAAAUUAAGAAUUGCAUCGAACAGAUAGAGAAUGAUUGGGAACAGGUAGAAUUAUAUGAGGAUCGCGAAAUGAUGCUAAAAUACGGGCAAGUGGGUAGAAAUUUGACAAUAAUUUGUGCCGUUUUUAUGUAUACCGGUGGCAUUAUUUAUCACACAAUUUUACAAUACAAAAUCGGUACGUUUAUUGAUGAAUAUAAUCGCACGAUCAAGCCGGUAAUUUAUCCCACAUAUAGCGGCCUAUUUAAUGUUCAAAGAAGCCCUAUUUAUGAAUUAAUAUAUUUUCUUCAUUGCACAUGUGGAUACAUCAUGUAUUCCAUAACUGCUGGUGCUUGUGGAUUAGCCGCACUUUUCGCAACACAUGCUUGUGGACAAAUUGAUAUUAUUAUAGCUCGAUUGAAUGAUCUUCUACACGGCAAAUAUGCCAAAGGAAAAUUUAACCUGAACGCACGAUUGAUAAAAAUUAUUGAACAUCACUUACAAAUUUUAAGAUUUUCAGCGACAGUACAAGUGAUACUGCAAGAAGUAUGCUUUCUAGAAUUUAUUGGUUCUAUCUUUUUGAUAUGUUUACUUGAAUAUUAUUGUAUAACGGAUUGGGAAUUAAGUAAUGCUAUUAGUCUUAUAACAUAUACAAUGUUAUUAAUAUCUCUAACAUUUAAUAUAUUCAUAUUAUGCUAUAUUGGUGAACGCCUAAUGGAAAAGAGUAGUAGUAUUGGUUUAUCCUGUUUUAUGAUCGAUUGGUUCCAAUUACCGACAAAAACAAUUCAUGAUCUUAUUUUAAUUAUUGCUAUGUCAAAUAAUCCAAUUAAAAUUAGUGCUGGAAAUAUAGUGGAUUUAUCUUUAUAUACUUUUGGAAGCGUUCUCAAAACAUCAUUAGCAUAUUUAAGUUUUCUUCGUACUACCAUUAUGUAAUACAUAUUUUAUAAU